UGCCCUUUCGUUAUUGAGUUUCUGAACGCAGCCAGUCCCCGCCUGCCUCUAAAAAGAACAUGGCGGCACCAGAGUUGUUCCAGUGUAACGCCUGACAUUAUUACACGAAUUUUCGUAAAACUUUGUAUUAAAAUGUGAAAACCAUGAAUUAAAACAAGUAGUGUUGUGUAAUUUAAGUGUGUUUAAUGAUGUGCCGGACCGGGAUGUGCCGAUUUGGAAUCGGGAACUGGAUUUUUUUGAUCGCUUCGGCACAUUUGUUUACAUACGUCCAAGGUGUCGACGAGCUAGUCCCGGACGAAGGUGUCCGGUUGACAUCAGAACCGCAUGAUGCAGUCGUAGAAGAGGGAGAUUCAGUGGUCCUGGCGUGUGCUGCAGCCAGAGGGGCUAAGAUACACUGGAGACACCGAGCUGAUGGUCCACCGAGGCGAGACGAUGCGUUAUCCAGCGAGGAUAAGUACAGAAAGCAGUUGGCGAACGGGUCUCUAGUGAUAGAGAGCAUGUCUGCGACGCUGGCGGGGCAUUACCAAUGUGUAGCCACAGGAAGCGCGGGCAGCGUCGUUUCGAGGGUCGCGCUAUUAUAUUUAGCAGAAGUCCCACCACUCAUACCAGGCCCUCGUAGUAUCCUAGGCACAGUAGGAGCUCCAGCACUACUCCCCUGUGGUGUCUCCGCACCUCCAAGAGUAGCCGUGAGGCUGCAAGGACCAGCUGCAUUACCAGAAAGAAAGGUUUACUCUGCCGCCAGGUUACACAGCCCGCCACCGGUUUUGAAACUUAAUGUAACUUGGCUAAAGAACGGGUCACCAGUACGAUUGGAGGCAGCACGUGUGUCAGUGACCCCCAGCGGAGCGUUAGAGCUAGAUCCUCUGCGACCUCAUGACGCGGCUACCUACCGGUGUCGGGUGGCUCUGUCACCGCAUAAGCAUAGGACGGGCGAAGAGAUCGAGCUGCGCGUGAGCACGGAGCCACCAGAUGAGGAGCCCCCACGUUUUGUAGCCACGCCUCAACCAAUCACGGUCAUCGAAGGAGCAUCGGUGACAUUUGACUGUGCGGCGGUGGGCAACCCCAAGCCGGAGAUCACGUGGCUCAACAACGUAGGAGUCGCUAUCGACCUCAAUGACCUGGAUUCACGUUUCUACCUUGUGGGUUCCGGGUCUCUGCGGGUGCAGGCCGCUCGAGGUCUGGACGCGGGUAGUUACACAUGCCGAGCCCAUUCGCGGCUGGACUCUGCUGAUAGCGCUACCACGUUGACAGUGCUGACGGCGCCCCGCGUGUCACUCCCCGGCGGGGCUGUAGUGGUCGCGCGCACGCGCGGGGACGUCACGUUGCGGUGCGACGUCCGCGGGCGAGGGGCUACUGUGGCGUGGCUUAAAGACGGCGAGCCGCUAACACCCAACCAACACGAUAUUGCACUGGUGGAUGGGUCAUCAUUACGCAUCCAAGGCGUGCUGCGCGUGGACGCGGGCAUGUUUCAGUGCGCCGCCGGUAGCGCGGCCGGCAGCGCCGUCGCCGCGCUGCGACUCGUCGUGCUGCCGCCCGAUGACGAGCUGGCCUCCCUCCCCUCCCCCCCCGACGUGUUCAACUCGCUGGUGCCCGACGCGGGGGAGUUCCUCGGCGAGACCUCCCCCGCGUUCACGCAGCCCCCGGACUAUUAUGAUUACACGCUCACCGAAGGUCUGGAGCUGGGACGAGAGAAUGGCAGCAUCGUGAGCCCGCCCAGGGACCUCAGGGCGGUGAUCGUGAAGCACCGCUUCGUGACGCUGAGCUGGUUGGAACCGGCGAGGAAGAUGGAAGAGGUGGUGGGAUAUGUGGUGGUGUACCGGGUCAAGGGGAGCGAGAGGGAGCGAGUGUCACGAGGGAGCGCAACGCGGUUCGAGGUGAACGUCGCGACUCUGCAACCCAACACUACGUACGUGUUCAGCGCGCGCGCACUCACGCUUAGCGCCAUCUCGCCGCCAACGGAGACGAUCGAAGCCCACACGGCGCCUGAAGAGCUAAGCUUCGGUCCCCCCACCAACGUGAAAGUGGAAGCCUCCGGCCCCCACAGCCUCCGUGUGAAGUGGUCACCUCCAGCGCAAGAGCCACAGCCACCACACUACACCGUGCACUACACGGAGGUGGAAACGGGUCGCGAGCAAGUAGUAACAGCAGACGCGGACGAGACGGGAGGCUCCGUGACGCUGGGCGGGCUCCGCGCCGCCGCCGCGUACUCCGUGUCCGUGGCGGGCGCGGGCGGCGCCGCAGCCGACCCGGUCCUCACGAGGACGUUAGCGCUAGCGCCUUUAGCGCCGCCUGUCAAUGUCAGCGCUGAGCCAGCUUCACCCACUUCGAUCCUGGUUCGUUGGGAAGCUCCCCCCGCGCGCACGCACCGCGGCCCCCUCACCGGGUACAAGGUUCGGUUCCGGGCCGCCGGCGCGAGGAGGAAGGCCGACUCUCUCACUACACCCGCUGACGCCAGGCGGGCCGAGUUGAGAGAUCUCGACCCUCACACCACAUAUCAGAUCCGUGUGUGCGCCAUCAACGCAAACGGGUCAGGUCCCUUCAGCGAGUGGCUCACGGCGGCCACACAGGCGCGAGCACAAGAUGAGUCCAGGGUGCCGCCACAACCGCCACCACUCAGCACUCGCGCCGGCCGCGACUGGAUCUCAGUAUGGUGGGAGGAAGGUUCUGAAGGAGGGUCCCUGAUCCGCGGGUACCGGCUCGGCUGGGGGCUCGGGGUGCCCGACGUGCACGGGAAGGAUCUACCCGCCGCUACGCAUCAUCAUGUCAUCAGAGGAUUAGAAUCUAACGCGGAGUACGUGAUAUCCCUACACGCAUCGAACGCACUAGGCGCGGGGCCUCCAGUGUACGCUACUGUGCGAACGAAGGCAGCAGCUGAAGGCGAUGAUCUCGAGGAGGAUGAGGAGGACGAGGAGGAUGAAGAGGACGAGGAGGAACGACCUCCGUUAAUACCGCCAGUCGGACUUAAGGUGAUAAUGCUGAGCGGCAGCACGGCUGUGGUGUACUGGACCGACCCCACGCUACCUAAAGGGCAGACGGCAACAGACGGGCGCCGCUACGUGGUGCGCUACGCGGCCGCCGGCGCGGGGCAGCGCGCGCGCAGCUUCAACGCCACCGACCUCAACUGCAUGCUCGAUGACCUCAAGCCUUUCACACUUUACGAGUUCGCUGUCAAACUUAUAAAAGGUGGUCAAGAAUCAGCGUGGUCGAUGCUGGUGUCCAACACGACACUAGAGGCCACGCCGGCGUCGCCGCCGCGAGACCUGCGCGCGUCGGCCGCCGCGCCCGCCGCGCGGGUCGUGGACCUGGCGUGGACCCCUCCGGCCAAGCCCAACGGAGUUAUUACUGGCUACACGAUAAUGUACGCGCCGGCGGGCUCGGGCUCGGGGGAGUGGACCGUGCAGAAGGCGGAGGGCGAGCGGGCGCGCGCGCGCGUGGAGCGGCUGCGCGCGCGCACGACGUACUCCUUCAAGGUGCAGGCCAAGAACAGCAAGGGCGUCGGCCCCUUCUGUGCACCCAUCUCAUACACCACUGGUAUUGACACGGGCGGCGGUGGGCUGGCGGGUGCCACAUCGGCGUGGCUGUGGGCGUCGGCAGGCGGCGCGUGCGCCGUGCUGGCUCUAGCGGCGGCGCUCGCACUCUCGCUAUGUUGCCGCAAGGCGCCGCCACUGUCGCCACAUACCAGCACGUACCAGAAGUCGUCAGCGUCGGCGGGCAUCAAGCCCCCGGACCUGUGGAUCCACCACGACCAGAUGGAGCUCAAGCAUCUCGACAAGAGUCUGCACAGCUCAGCUAGUAAGAUAUCGGCCGGUAGCGUGGACGGUCCAUCGGCGCUGGCCUCGUCCACGCUAACACUGACGCGCGCGCCCGCCGAGUACGAGCCGGCGCGCCACCCGCCGCCCGCCAGCCUCGACCGGAGACACUACGUGCCCACCUAUGUCGACCGACGGUCGCCAUCUUGCGCGGGGUCGGAUGAGACGGCGCCGCUGCGCGCGUCGCCCGCGCCGCGGUGCUGCAACGUUUGUGCUUAUCGACGUGCAGCGAUGACGGGCAUGGGCGUGGGCGUGGGCGUGGGCGCGGGCUGCGCGGCCAGCUGCGAGCGCCGCGCGCUGCGCCCGCCGCUCGGCCUGCCGCAUCCCGAGCAGCAGGAGUGUUUCCAGAGCACGCCGCUGCUAGCGGGCGUGGCGCCGCUGUCGCCGCAGUCGUCGCUGGCGUCGCUGCACGCGCACGGGCACCCCGCGCAUGCGCACAACACGCUGCCGCACACGCACUCGCUCGCGCACCCGCCGCCCGCGCCCUGCGGCGGCGGCACGUGUCCGCUAGGCGCCGCUUGCGCACCCGUCGGCGGCACCACGCCGGCCGGCUCCGACAUCUACGCGUGCGCGGCGCGCGAGAGGGGGCACUAUGUCGCUUACGAACCGCUAGGACAUUACACGCAUCGCGACUCAAUGAGUAGCGAAGCCGGCGGCCUCAGUGGUGCCGGCGCCAGCGGGGCGGGGGGCUCUCUCGGCAGCGCGGGGGCGGGCGGCGCGGGGGGGAGCCUGCAGCGCCGCGCGUGCGCCGGCCCGCUGCACAGCUUCGCCGACUCGCCGCACUCCACGCCGAGCCAUGGCCCGGGUAGCGUGAGAGAGACGUCGCCGUACAAGAAGAGCAACAGUUCGUCGCCCGGACACAUCCCCAAUCGACUGCAGCUGGGUGGCAGCGUCGCACACUGCCCCGAAGAGUUGGAAGCGCUCACGCCGUCCCGCUCCACCGAGCGGCUGGCGAGAGAGAUGCAGAACCUCGAGGGGCUCAUGAAGGACCUGUCCGCCAUCACGCAGCAGCAGUUCCACUGCUAGCGCUCCGCCACUCCUCCAACAGAAGGGGAGAUACGC